AUGCAGCGCUGCAUUGCCGACAAUCCUCAUUGUAUCUCGGUCACAUCGCUCCCUCGAUUCCGGCUGCCGAUUGGAACAGCCGCUGCCUCAUGCCUUGGGAUGAUCAAUGACCGCCUUUUUCUGUCACCCGAGGCAUUGUUGUGGGCUGCCCAGUCGAAGCAGCUUAAAUAUCUAGCAUGCACGGGUGCAUUUUGGGAAUUCUCCAUCCUUCUAACACAACAGCAGCUGCACCGGAAAGUCUUCUUGAUCGACCCAGACUCUGCUCUCACUGAGAACGACUCCCACCCGCGAUCAAGCCUUCCGAUGCCGCUUGAAGGGUCAACACCACCUAUCUCUGAAGGCUGGAACUUCAUCGAAUCUCCAGCAAUGUCACCUACUUCGAACAGCCCGUCACUGGAUGACCUGUUCGAAGCAAACCGACUCAACCUGACCGUCAAUCCGCUCGACAUGUUCCGACCGACCGUGCGCGAUAUCGACACCUCGACAUACAAACCAAUCUUCCCCGACUGGGAACAGACCUUGUCACCAGUUCAAAUCGACCCCAGCGUCCCGCGCGAUUAUACGGUCAAUGCUUUCUUCAAGAGCCCGGCCGAGAUUGGGCUGAUCCGGGCCAUUGAGCGCGGCCUAGAGCGCGGCGACGACUCUUUCUUAUCUCCUACCGCGACCGCUUGCAGCCUUUCGGAUUGGAUUGAAGCAGAUCCAUUCGACGAUGCCAAUGCAGUUUCAACUGAGUCUCCUAUCCCGAAACAAGAGCCUAACUGCAGCCCCGAGUCUGUAUUCGACGCCGAGCCUGUCCUCCGGGAACUCAACACUUUUGAUCCUGAUUUCUUCUUUGAGGCACCAUCCGACGUGGUUUCGCUUGACUCACCACUCGCCGACUCUCUUGUUGGAAAUGGCAAUGUCCACCCUUCACUAGAUUCACGAGGCACCGAAGCAUUCACUCCGCUCGGAAACCCCUUCCUCGAUCCCCCCCCAACCUAUCAUUACCCACAGCAAAUCUCAAGUCAUCAGCAGUACCACUUUCCUUUGGUAAACACCCCGGCGUCUGUACACAACCUUGUUCAGCCGGAACUCACUGAGCUAGAUUCUACACAAAAUCCGGUGUCCCAUUGUGACGGGACCGACGAGGACUUCUACGAUCCGUUCCAGCCGACUUGGGAUUUUGCAGAAAACCUCGGCGUCUCUAUUUCUGAGGACGACUAUCCAGGGUUGCGCGGCUACACAGACACUCCUCUGUCUCCUGGCACUAGUGCUGAGCAGUCCUGUGUUCAGGGAGCCAAUGACUCUGGUCGGCCAGAGGGGGAGCGGCAAGAGGCCUGCCAUCUUCGUCGGUCCCAUCUUCUCUCAAGCCUUCCUAGAUUGACUGUACCGCAGAGCGCACCCAAAACUUUUGUCCCGAGUCAACCGAGAAAACAUCAUCCACCACCACCACCCCCUCCUCGAGGAUCUCGACCUUUAGCUCCUGGGCUUCCUUCAUAUCCCCCAGUCGUGAACCCUCGCCCCAUCCUUCCACAGCACUUGCAGUCCGUCCCUCUUGCCAAUCCCUGGCGCAUUGGCUAUCGAAACCCAUGGUUCAAUCGACCAGAUGUAUCAUGGCAUCAAGCCACCGAUCCAAAUACUGGGGAUGUCGUGGGCUAUUGUCUUCGUCAAGGACAAGCAGUGCCUUUAAAUUUCGCACCAGCCGCUGUUCCUCAUCCCGCAGUUCCAGUGCAGCCGCGCCCUUGGGCUCCGACUGGCAGGAUCCUGCUUGCUGCGAAGCCAGCACUUCCGUCAGCGGUAAGAAGAGUGGCCGAGGAUGAAGCUGACGGUCAUCGCAGAAAAGUUGUUAUCGUCCAGGGCGUCCCAUACCAAAGAGUCGACUGA